AUUCCUUAACACGGUCAGCAGGACCUGGCCACCUGGGUGGAAGGGGCACCGGAAGGAGUUGUGGUGGUGUCAUUUGGUGCUGGAGUCAAAUAUCUUUCUGAUAACCUGACAGAAAAACUAGCAGCUGCUUUUGCUCGGUUACCACAGAAAGUCCUCUGGAGGUUUUUUGGGAGAAGGCCAAGUUCCUUGGGGAACAAUACAAAGUUGAUGGAGUGGAUACCGCAGAAUGACUUGUUGGGUCAUCCAAACGUAAAGGCAUUUUUAAGCCAUGGAGGUUUGAAUGGCAUCUACGAGUCCAUUUACCAUGGUGUGCCAGUGGUAGGAAUUCCAUUCUUUGGAGACCACUAUGACAUCAUGACAAGAGUUCAUGCUAAAGGAAUGGGGAUUUUUCUAUCUUGGAAAACUAUGACUAAAGAGGAUAUUUAUCAAGCUAUUAUCACAGUGACCACGGAUUCAAGGUACAAGGAGCAAGCGAUGUAUUUAUCCAGAUUGCAUCAUGACCAGCCUCUCCACCCAGUGAACCGCACGGUCUACUGGCUGGACUAUGUUCUACGGCACAAUGGAGCAGCACAUCUGCGCCCCAGCAUGUAUGACAUGUUCUUCUACCAGUAUUACAUGCUUGAUGUGAUCGCUGUGUUUAUUGUGUGUACAAUAUUACUUGGUUACUGUUUACUGAAAAUGGUGAAGAAACUGAAAGGAAGUGUUUUGCCAAAGGCUAAGAGCAGUCAUACUCAGAAUGGCAUUCAAAACAGAAAGACAGCAUCAGAAAGCAAAAAGCGAAAAUAAUGUCACCGUUCCUAUCGGGUUACUAUGGGGAACUCUUACCUCACUGGGUUUUUUUACACUUGAAACUUAGUUGCAGAAGUAUUUUAGUAACUGAAAAGUAAUGUGAGGUUUUAAGCCAUAAAUGUGAUUUCUACUGACAUUUUUUAUAUAUGUAAUAAAGAUCUAUCUUUAUAA